AUGAAACAGAAUAGAGACAGCUCUCAACCUGCAGAUAUUUUAAACCCUGCAAAAUUCUUGUGUCUUUCAGGACCUAGAUUUCUCAUCACAUCCACGGGAGCCUUGUAUAUUUUAGACGUACAGAAUGAAGAUGGACUGUACAACUACCGAUGUAUCACAAGGCACAGAUACACUGGAGAAACACGACAAAGCAACAGUGCAAGACUUUUUGUAUCAGACCCAGCGAAUUCAGCUCCAUCUAUCCUAGAUGGGUUUGACCACCGCAAAGCCAUGGCAGGACAGCGAGUGGAGCUGCCUUGCAAAGCAUCAGGGCACCCGGCACCAAAGUACCGCUGGCUGAAGGACAACGUGCCCUGGGAGCCCGACAGCCGCUUCCGGCAGACGGUGACGGGGCUGCUCAUCGAGAACACGCGGCCCUCGGACUCGGGCAGCUACGUCUGCGAGGUGUGGAACAACUACGGCACCGCCGAGAUGGUCGGGCGCCUCCACGUCAAACAACCGCUAAAAGCCACCAUCAGCCCGCGCAAAGUCAAAAGCAGCGUCGGUAGCCAAGUGUCCUUGUCCUGCAGCGUGACGGGAACGGAGGACCAGGAGCUGUCCUGGUACCGCAACGGGGAAAUCAUCAACCCUGGCAACAACGUGCGCAUCACCGGCGUCAACCGCGAGAACCUGAUCAUGGACGGCAUGGCCAAGAGCGACGGCGGCGCCUACCAGUGCUUCGUGCGCAAGGACAAGAUGUCAGCUCAAGACUACGUCCAGGUGGUGCUGGAAGACGGAACUCCCAAAAUCAUCUCUGCCUUCAGCGAGAAAGUGGUGAGCCCAGGAGAGCCAGUGUCCCUGAUGUGCAACGUGAAGGGGACUCCCCUGCCCACCAUCACCUGGACGCUGGACGAGGAUCCCAUCGUGAAGGACGGCAGCCACCGCAUCAGCCAGAUCAUCACGUCCGAGGGCAACGUGGUCAGUUACCUGAACAUCUCCAACACUCAGGUCCGGGACGGGGGCGUUUAUCGCUGCACCGCCAACAACUCUGCGGGAGUCGUCCUGUACCAGGCUCGAAUAAACGUAAGAGGGCCAGCGAGCAUCCGGCCGAUGAAGAACAUCACAGCCAUCGCUGGGAGGGACACCUACAUCCACUGCAGGGUCAUUGGGUACCCCUACUACUCCAUCAAGUGGUACAAGAACUCCAACCUGCUGCCCUUCAACCAUCGCCAAGUGGCGUUCGAGAACAACGGCACACUGAAGCUCUCGGACGUGCAGAAGGAGGUGGAUGAGGGCGAGUACACCUGCAAUGUGCUGGUCCAGCCCCAGCUGUCCACCAGCCAGAGCGUGCACGUGACAGUGAAAGUCCCUCCUUUCAUCCAGCCUUUCGAGUUCCCUCGUUUCUCCAUCGGGCAGAGGGUGUUCAUCCCCUGCGUGGUGGUCUCGGGGGACCUGCCCAUCACCAUCACCUGGCAGAAGGACGGGCGCCCCAUCCCCGCCAGCCUGGGCGUCACCAUCGACAACAUCGACUUCACCAGCUCCCUGAGGAUCUCCAACCUCUCCCUGAUGCACAACGGGAAUUACACCUGCAUAGCCAGGAAUGAUGCGGCAGCUGUGGAGCACCAGAGCCAAUUAAUCGUCAGAGUGCCCCCCAGGUUUGUGGUCCAGCCCAGCGACCAGGACGGGAUCUAUGGAAAAGCCGUCAUCCUCAACUGCUCUGCCGAGGGUUAUCCCGUCCCCACCAUCGUCUGGAAGUACUCCAAAGGUGCCGGGGUUCCCCAGUUCCAGCCGAUCGCGCUGAACGGUCGGAUCCAGCUGCUCACAAACGGCUCCUUGCUGAUCAAACACGUGCUGGAAGAAGACAGUGGAUACUACCUCUGCAAGGUCAGCAAUGAUGUGGGAGCAGACGUCAGCAAGUCCAUGUACCUCACUGUUAAAAUUCCAGCUAUGAUAACCUCCUACCCAAACACCACCCUGGCAACUCAAGGCCAGAAGAAGGAGAUGAGCUGCACAGCACAUGGAGAGAAACCCAUCAUAGUCCGCUGGGAGAAGGAAGACCGGAUCAUUAACCCCGAAAUGUCUCGUUACCUGGUUUCCACCAAGGAAGUUGGGGAUGAAGUGAUUUCUACCCUUCAGAUUCUGCCAACUGUGCGUGAGGAUUCUGGCUUCUUCUCCUGCCACGCCAUCAAUUCUUACGGGGAGGAUCGUGGAAUAAUUCAGCUCACUGUGCAAGAACCCCCUGACCCCCCUGAGAUUGAGAUUCGGGAGGUGAGAGCUCGGAGCAUCGCCCUCAGGUGGACCAUGGGCUUCGACGGCAACAGCCCCAUCACCGGCUACGACAUCGAGUGCAAGAACAAGUCAGUCUUUCCUGAGUCAACAGUCAAUUUUAAUACCUUUGUUACUUCCACGUAG